GUUUACAAUGGGAGAUGAAACGAUGUGCUGGCAAUCCGUCUACGUCACGACCGCUUGGCACAACAUCUGAGGCGACGGCUUUGCCCGAUCUUCUUAGCCCGGACGUAGAGGAACAAGUAUCACUUCCUCCAAAGGCAGCAGUAAAUGCUUCCACAAUUCGCUUGGGAAAAUUAUGGCGCUCCAAAAUUCUCCGCGCUGUAACAAACCGACUGCUACCCCAAGAAUCCCAGCCAAUUACCCAUGCAUCCGUGAGAGACGCAGAUACGUUCGAAAGAUUUGCGAAAAUCGGCAAUCCGAGAUUGGAACUUGAAAGACCAAAUCAGUCCCAAGAACCUACGAGCUGGUCACUGUCACCACAAAAAGGAACCACAAAUACGAAUUAUUUGGAUAAGACAGAAAAUGUGCGACAGACGGAAACAAAGCACGUUUCCAUUCUAGUGGACAAAAGCAGAGGUACAGCUAAUCAAAGUGCACGAGAACUUAGGCAAAACCAACCUGAAACAAAGUUGCUCCGACAACAGAGGAUCAAACAGGCUAAGCCCAUUACCAGGACGAUUCCACUUGCUGAGAAUGAGAGUUCACUGAUUGAAGAUACUCCAGAAUCGGUGGACAUUCCAGUGGACACCCACUUGUUUGUGGGGGCAACCGAAGAAAAGUUAGAUGACCUAAAAGAGCCACAACCUGAUCCUUUGGGUCCCACACCUCUUGCUUAUUCCAGAGCUGCCUCAGUGCCGAGGGACCGGGUAAGGAGAACGUUGGAAUGGUCAACCUGUAGGCAAAAAUCCCUCCCCAACGCAAGUACAGCUCAGCACAGUAACUCGACAUUUGGCGCAAAACCUCUAGAAGCUCAAUCAUACAGCCGAACCGCCCAGGCUGAGACACCACAGGAAUCGGAGUUAGAAAGUGAAGGUCUAUAUGACCCAGGACUGGUCAGUUCGAGAAUGCGUUCGAGACACUCUCCCACGAGCUGCGGAUUGGAAAAUCGUGUCAAGAAAGCAAUAGAACAUGAAGUAUGGGCCGAGCCGUUUGCAGAACCUUUACAUGCACCUAAACUAGAAUCGCGCCACACACAGGAUUCAGGCUACCUCUCUAUGGAUCCAAGUGAUCGCUCUUUUUCGAUAAGAACACUGAGUCAUUCGUUAUCUCAUCAAGUGUCCGUACAGGUUGAUAAGGGCAGUUCUCCGAGAAGGGAAAGUGUGCCAGUGAGCAGACAAGAAGAGUUUAGUAAACAGCCUUUGCCUGAAAAACAAUCUGUCGUGGACGUAGCACCGAAAAGCACAUUGCCGAUGUUAGCAGUGUUGAGCUCCAAUGAAGAACCGAAACUGUCACCCCCAGAUCCAAAGCGGGCAAGGCCAG